AUGCCACCGACAGAAAGCGCGCGGGCUCUGCGCAUCCUUGUCGCCUCGUCUAUUCCCUCGCCCAUCGAGGAGCCCUUCCUUUCAACCCUCGUCGCCCAGAAGAACAUCGCCGUGCGAAGUAUUGUCGACUCCGCCGAGUGGAAGACAUGCACCCCGUAUGCGUCCAUUCCCAAUGCCUCAACCGAUCGGUCGCAGCCAUGUCGCCCUUUCAGCGAUCACGAUGACGUCCAUCGCACCGCUGCCGAGCUCUGCGCAUGGGCUGAUCUCCUCGUCCUUGCCCCCAUGGACGCAAAUACGCUUGCCAAAAUGUUGCAUGGCGUCACCGACAGUCUGAUACUCGAGAUACUGAGGAGCUGGGAUGUGUCAAAGCGGACGCUGCUAGUGCUGGGCAUGUCCACACUAAUGUGGGAGAACCCGAUGACCAAGAAACAAAUCAGCAAAAUCCGGCGGAAGUGGAAUUGGGUGCGGGUGCUUCAUCCGCUGCUCUGGAAUUUCGAAUCGAAGGGCAAAAGAUACCUGCCGUGGGAGGGGCGGGAGGAGCUCAUGGGCGCCAUCCAAAACCAGUUGGAUCUGAUGACCCUCGGGCAGGAUGUGGACGUGUCCAUGGGGCAGACUCCCAAGACCAGCCUCUCUCUGCGGCCCGCGGCAAAAUCCGCCAGCCCUCUCCCGCCCGAGAUAUGGUCCAUGAUUCUAGAUUCCACCGGCGAUUGGGAACUGGCGAAGAGAUUGAACGUGUACACAACCUUGGCUACACCCCAAUCCUGGCUGCGAGCAGCUAGUAAAGAGGGUCCGCACAGUUUCAUGGAUAGGUUGGAAUGGGCCAUCCUGACAGGCACGCUGGGCGAUGUCAAGGAGCUUUUUGAUACACACACUGCCCCACAAUGGCUUUCAUCCCAAGCGGUUCGAAUAAUCAUGCGCUUUGCCCUGAUUCCCCUACUGAAUUACUUGGAGUCAAACCACAAAGACCUGUUUUGGGCCAGCUUUGGACACACCUUCUUGCCUGACAAGGCAUCUGCCAUCUUUGGCCGGAUCGAGAUUCUGGAAUACUGGCGAACUUCACCGACUUUCCUCAAUAAGGAACACACGGUGGACGCCAUGGAUGGCGCGAGUCGGGCCGGCUUUGUCCACAUUCUAGAAUGGUGGCGGAACUCAGGGCUUCCAAUGAAAUAUAGCGAGGCUGCUCUGGAGCAGGCUAGCAGCAGAGGCCAGAUCGAAGCGCUCGAGUGGUGGAAGAGGGCCAGCAUGCGGGACGACGGCCACGUAAGGACGAGCGGGGACGAGUCAGAGACAGAGAGCAGCGCCCCGCCCACGCGCAAGCCGUUGCGUCUCAAGCCUGGCAAGGCGAUCUCGUUCGCUACGCAGGCGGGGUCGCUCUCGACAUUGCGCUGGUGGGUCACGUCGACGAUACCCUUCUCUCAUGAAGAUACGGUCGCCAAGUUGGCCUCGACGCACGGCCACGUCGACAUUCUCGACUUCUGGCAAUUGCUUCAUGGCGAGAAGAUGAUUUACGACAACCAGGUGCUCGUCGGGGCCACCAAGAUGGGGCAUCGUGACGUUCUGGAGUGGUGGAAGAAGAGCGGGCUAAGGGUGGAGUACAAGACGUGUGAUAUUGAGGAGGCUUUGGAGGAUGGUGUUGAAGGCGUAAAGGGUGAGCAAGUAAGACGCUGGUGGGCACUUAACGGAUUGAACUUGGGUGUUGGCACGAGUGAAUGGAUGAGGACAAAAGUGCUUAAUCAAAGUUGA